UAAUACUGUUCGGCUUUCAUGUGCUUUGACGCCAGAGAGCAGGAGAAGGUCAUCAUUUUUAUUCUACACCACAGCCAAUGUAGUUCCCGUUGUUCAGCCGAGCCGGCAGGAUACGGACAAUACUCGCUAAAAACAUGAAUUACCUACGACCAUUUUAGACCGCGAAGAAGAGGAGGAGGUGGUCACUGUCGCUCCCACGCGUCUUUUCCUCUCGAAUUAAUAGCUGAAACGAGGAGGAAGAUUUCGUGACAAUCUCAGGAAAACAGUGUUUUUUGUGUGUCCCCCCUCGUUUCCAGUUGGACCGGACAUGUCUCCUUCACGGUCCGUGUUGCUGGUGGGAGAAGGGAACUUCUCGUUCUCUGCCUCUUUGAGCCAGUCUGAUACGGAGACCAGAGUGACGGCCACUUGCCUGCAGCGUCAGGAGGAGGCACUGCGGCAUGAGGGUGCAGCCGGUCACAUCCAGACCAUCAAGGACGCAGGCGGAGCGGUGGUUUUUGGGGUGGACUGCAGAAAGCUUGGGGAAUGUGCUUCCCUCCAGGGCCGACUGUUUGACCGUGUGGUGUUCAAUUUCCCUCACUGCGGGAGAAAGAGUGGCGUCAAGAAGAACAGAGAACUGCUCAAAAGGUUCUUCCUCAGUUGCGUUCAGGUGUUGGCUGAAAACGGGGAGGUUCAUGUAUCCCUGUGCAACGGACAGGGCGGGACACCGGUGGACCACCCGCAGCGAGAGUGGCACAACAGCUGGCAGGUGGUUUCCAUGGCAGCAGAGGCCCACCUGAUCCUCACUGAUGUUCAUCCCUUCGAAAGUGAGAAAUUCCAGAGCUACAAGUGCACUGGAUACAGGAGCCAGGAUAAGGGCUUUCAUCUGGAGAAAGCUUUGGUGCAUGUGUUCACUCGCAGCCUCCCCUACACCCCUGCUGAGAUACUUAAAGUGGAGGAGGCUGUUGAAGGGGAGAAGGUCCAGUACAACAUACCAGUCGAGCUCAGUGAUUACAUAUUCAGGGGAUUUCUCCGCUCAGGAUCUGUGCACCCGGUCAGGUUAGUGCAAGAUUUUCUUCUCGAAGGACUGGCGGAGAAGUGGUCGGUCUCCAUGAAGACCGACACCAUUCCCUUGCUCCUCACAGCCAAACAGCUGCAGUCUUGCUGUCAUGACGUGGACAGCACGCACUGCUACUGGAUCCCGCUAGUUCAAAAAGAUCUCAACUCUGACACGCUCGCCUCUACGGACAAAGCAAAAGACGUCUUGAUGUUUCUGGACAGUCGGGGAGGCGCAGACACACCAGACACACCAUGUGUCACCUCAGAGAAAACAGAAAGGGUGAGGAGAAAAGGAACUGAGAGCUUAAAGUCUGCAUGCUCUCUUGAUAUAGAUCCUGAAGGGGAAAGUGGUCUUUAUAUGCUACGGCCAUCACUGCUCCCUCAGAUGGCAGAGCUUUUAACUAAAAAAGGAGAGUUGAUUAUCAAUGCAGAUGGUUGUGGGAAGAAUGAAGGGAAUAAUAAAAGUGUUGAAGCUGAAGGACCUAAAGAUGAGGGUCCUUCUGGCAGCUGUAAUGGUGUUAACAGCUUGUUAUUUGGCAUUAGUGGCGUAGUGUUCAGGAACGUGUCUGUCAACCUCUGGGCUCUGCCGUCCUUUCACGAGCUUGUCCUUAGAGGUGUCUUCCCAUCAGAUUUGGAGCCAAUCAGAUUGCUUGGACAAAGGCUGAAAACGCUGCUGGCUCCCUACGGGGUCUCCCUGGUCACAGAGCAGAGAGGUCUGCGUCUCAUUGCGCAGCCAAUGGGUUUAGUUGGAAGGGUGUUUGCAAGUGUUGCACGCAACAACGUUGGUCACAUCAACAUCACGGUAUCCUUAAAUUUGGACCUCCUCGCCGUGCUCCUGUUCUCAAUCCCCGACUGGCGCCUGCUGUGGUCACAUGACCCUCGCUUUUUAAAACAGUUUGCUCUCCGCCCGUCGCCGGGGAAACCUUUCCACCCAUUCUCCCUGUUCCCCGAGCACAUCAGCUUCGACAUCAGCUUCUGGACAGGGCCGACAUGGGAGGAGAAGAAGUUCCACGCGGUGGUCCGAGAGGCCAGUCAUGGGACCGUGGAGCAAGUGAAACGCAUCGAUGCGUUCUCGCAUCCUGACUUGAGCCAGACCAGUUACUGCUACAGACUCACCUACCACUCACACACACACGCCCUGUCACACACACAAGCCCUCGAGUUUCAUAAAAACCUGGAGUCCUUACUUUCCUCUCAGUUGCAUGUCACAAUCAGGUAGCAACAUCUGAAUUUUAACUUCUAAGUGAAUAAUAAGCAUCUAAUCUGCAAAACUGAACAGUAGUUGAACAGUAGUUUACAACAUUUUAGGCAUUGCUCGCUGUAGUGUGUCUGUUUAAUGUGAUCAAACAUCUGUGUAUUGGUGUGUUUUAAUAAUCAUGCAAUAAACUUGUUCAACGUAC